AUGACAAAACUCCGACACAGGAAGAACCAACUACCGUUCGACAUCGUACUGAACAUCCUGGCUAGACUGCCAGUGAAAUCAGUGACAAGAUUCAGGUGCGUUUGCAAAUCCUGGGACUCCUCCAUCACCACGCCUUAUUUCAUCUCCACCCACCUUAAUCACUACAAAAAUCAUGGUAAUGGUUGUGUCAUACACAUGCCAUCAGUAAGAGACACUAACCCUUCUUCCAACACUAACAGACCUGUCUGUACGGUGGCUUUGGACCGCACGUUUGAUAGGAUUUCUGAGAUUGGAGUUCCUUUUGAUUUUCCUAAUGCUUGUUUCCAAAUAGUGGGUUCUUGCAAUGGCUUAUUGUGUCUCGCUAAUUAUGGCAGCUCCACUUGCGCUAAUGAUAUAUAUUUGUGGAAUCCGAGUAUUAGAAAAUUCAAGAAAUUGCCUCAUACUUGCUUACGACAGUUAAGGUUUGUUAAACUCGGAUUUGCUUAUCAUUCCCAGAACAAUGACUACAAGGUUGUGAGGAUUUCAUUUUUUAGUUUCUUUCUAGCUCUAGCUCUGCCUCUGUCUCUACCUCUGCCUCUGCCUCUGCCUGAGGUUGAGGUGUACACAUUAAGUUCGGAUUCAUGGAGAAGGGUUGGAAUCGAGUUCACAACCAGUGUAGUGAAUUGUCCAAACGAUCUUUCGCCAGCUCCAUUGGUUAGUGGUGCUUUACACUGGUUGGCAUUUGUAGUAGAAGGAGAAGAAAAUCGCAAGGGUAAAAAUAUGAUUUUGUCAUUUGAUGUCAAUGGUGAGAAAUUCGGAAAGCUAGAACUGCCUAAUGGUUCUACCAACACCCUUCAAAGAUGUCUUUCAUCAUUCAAGGGGAAACUGUCUUUUAUUACAAGUGAACAUAGUGAACAACCUGGCUUUCAAUUCUCAAUAUGGGCGUUGAGGGAGUAUGGUGUGGUUGAGUCUUGGAAUAAACUUUUUGUUGUACCAUCUGAAAGGGUGGCUUGUUGGAUUUCCUUGAUCGAUUAUGGUUCACUUAUGGUUUGCUACAGAAAUGAUCCAGGAGAGAGGCAAGGAUUUAAGCAUGCUUUAAUUGACAUUGAAACUCUACAAAAGAAGAAGGAUCCCGAUAUCCAACAUCCUUCAUAUAUAACUACUUUCAUGGAGAGCCUUGUUUUACUUGAUGGAACAAAUGUGGAAUCUUACUAA